UUUCGUAGUACAUCCUAAGAGCUGCUAGCGGAAGAUAAACAGAAAUAUUGUUCAACAUGGCAGAGACUCACAGCUUGCAGGACAUGAGGCAACAGGCAGCCAUCGCUGCCAAAGUCUUCAUUCAGAGAGAUUAUACCAACGGCACUGUGUGCCAGUUCCAAACCAAGUUCCCCUCUGAGCUGGAGACCAGGAUUGACAAACAGCAGUUUGAGGAGACGGUGCGGACGCUGAAUAACCUGUAUGCUGAAGCGGAGAAGCUGGGAAGCCAAUCGUACUUUGAAGGCUGUCUGGCCUGCCUCACGGCGUACACCAUCUUCCUGUGUAUGGAGACUCACUAUGAGAAGGUUUUGAAGAAGAUCGCAAAGUACAUUCAGGAGCAGAAUGACAAGAUCUACGCACCGCGAGGCCUCCUGCUCACCGAUCCCAUCGAGAGAGGCCUGCGAGUCAUUGAGGUCACCAUCUUUGAAGACAGAAGCCUGACUAGAUAAAAGCUGAAAUGCGGCUGUUUGGCUGAGCGGAGCUACAGGGUGUGCUGCAUCCCAGCACCAGUGCCCACCUCCCUGAGGACCCUCCAGACCUGCACCCUUAAUACUGCGUCUCUACAAUCUAUCCCUUUCCACUAACUAUCAUGUGCAUGUCCCAUGUAGAGUAUCCGUUAUGACCAAGUUUGAGAUUUCAGACCUGACCCUGAUUGAACUGUUAUUUUAGCAUUAUAUCCCUUUUCCCGUUCAUCAAUGAGGAUUAAAGUCUGUUGCUUGUUUUUUGGGUUGGAGCAAAGAAAAGGAUGUCACUGAAAAACUGCUAGAGUUGCUAACUCACUAACACGUUCUUCAAGCCAUGAGUAAUUAUCCUUUAUCUUGGACUAAACGCAGCCUUUUGGAAUGAUGACCUUUUGUAUGUUUCUUUAUUUUUUGGACACUCCUUCUUGAAUAAUGGAACCAACACAGGGUAACUUAUUUUUAUGAAGGACUUUGGAACUCACCCACACCCAUGCUUUAAGUGAUCGCCUUCACUGAUCUGAGGAUGUAAUUUUAUCAAGAAACAGAGAACUCUCGUUGUUAGUGUGAUUUGCUGCAUGUGCCACACCUCGCUGCUCGUUUGCUUUAUUCUUAUUCAUGUAUUCUUGAACGGGUGCUUGGUAGUUUGUUGCCUUUCCUGCAUGUUUCCUUUGUAGCAUUUGACCUUUUAGCUGAAUGACAACUGAACUUCAGGAUCCAAACAUUCCAGUCAGAUUCCAACCUUAAUACUCAUCUUUGAUUUAAGAGAUUGAAACAUUAUGCUCGCUCUGUAUUUAGCAUGUAAUAUUGUUAAUGCUCCUCCAGUCAUGUUUCUUUUCUCCCUUUGGUAAACUGUGCUAUGCAUAGUGUUUAGUGACUACUGUUGAUUUUUGACUCGUGUCUAAUGAGCAUAUAUUCAUGUAUUGUUAGAUUCUCUGUCUUUGACCGAAGUAUUGAAAGUGCUCUUGUUAGUUGACAGUGCCUGUAAUGGCUUUGAAUGUUGCCUUUGUUCAAGUCUGAAGGCCUGGUCACAGCAGAAUUUAAAAACGGCUACGUUUCGCAGUGAUUACAAUGUAUUCCAGUGGAAUCGCUGCCAUUAGUGGAUUCACUCGCGGGUAAAUGUUUUGCCAGCUUUGGCGAAUUUGACCCUCAAAUUCGCUUUGUUGAUUAGUGGCAAGCCUCCCUGACAGUGCUGACCUUUGAGGGCAUGGCUAUCAUAGCUUAUUAGCUGUGUGACACCAUUCACGUUGAUUUAACCUCCUCUGGCGGAGUGUUGGAGGAAUGGUUUGCAGACACUGAGAAGGUAUGAGUACAGUAAACGCAACGCUUCAAGGGAAAAUCGAGACAAUCUCCAGCUGGCUGGGCUUGCGCCAGAGUUUGCGGUUAUCUCGCCAGCUACGGCAGUUCAGCAACCAGCCCUGCAAGUAGUCACUAUGUCAACAAGCUUCUGGACAGAAAUAUUUCAGAAGGACGCACAGAUUAAUUCAGCUGCACCACUUUCUGGUGUGACCGGGCCUUAACUGUGAAAUCAUGUCAGUCAGAUCUUGGCUUUGUUCACUUAUUGCUAACAAGCCUCCAGAACCUAAGAUGAUGACAUAAUGCUAUUGAAACCUUAACAAAGGUUGAGUAUACUGUAGUCGGCCUACAUAUGGUCGAUGUUUAAUUAUGAAAUAACUACAUGAACAAGUAUAGAUUUUUGAAUGCUAAAAGCUAAAAGACCAACAAAUGAUUUCUAAUUAUGUAAAUAACAUUUCAUUACUAAUUUUUGGUUGAGCUUGUACUUUAUCAGGAGUUCAGUUAAUUGAACUUUUCUAUGUUCUUUUUUUCAGUUGAAAUCCAGUGUUUUAUUAAUCCAAAACUUGUAUGCUAAUAAAUGCAAUAUGUACAUAUU